AUGGCCUCUGAAUCGAGACUAUACACCUUCUCGGGGGAGAGCAAAGAGCACCUGCGCAAAUUCCGCCUCACGACCUCGCGUGCCAAAGAGCCCCAAGCAGUCAUUUACCUGAUCGACAAGAACACUCACGAGAUCCGCCAAGACGAGGACAAGGUCGUCUACAAAUCCCUCGACGAGGUGGCCGAUGACCUGCCGGAUCAUGCGCCGCGAUUCGUGCUUUUGAGCUACCCCCUGACCCUGCCGGACGGGCGUAUGUCAGUGCCAUACGUGCUCCUCUACUACCUCCCGAUCACAUGUAACGCCGAGACGCGAAUGCUGUACGCCGGCGCGAAGGAACUGAUGCGGAAUACAAGCGAGGUCGGACGGGUCAUUGACGUAGAGUCAACGGAAGACCUGGAGGAUAUCCCAAAGAAGCUGGAAGGGUAA